AUGUUGAAGUUAGCUACUAAACUGGCUCCUUGCAGCCGUGUAGUGUAUGCAAUAAGCAAACCUUCGAUCUUGGUUUCUGCAAAUCAGAGAAGAUUCAACAGUUCAACUCCCAAUGAUACUGUCUAUACCUCUCUCAAUGACGAAAAUGAUCCUCAAAGGGAUGCGUUUUUCCAGUAUACUUGGGGAACUUGGUUGAAAGAUGAUAAAGAGCAGAAACAGAAGCGCGUGACUCGGUUUUCCAUCGAAGGUGUCAACUCUCUUCUAGCUAAGAUGUAUGAUACAAGUAGGGAAACUAUGAAAUCCUCCAAUGUGUUGACUGCUCCAGUAUGGGACAAGGAGUUAAAAGCAACGCUGCUACCUUCCAACUUGGAUUUAGAUACCAUGGGAGUGCUUAAUCCUAAUGAGAAGAUAGUCGUCACUCAGAUGGCCAGUAUUCAUGAGGGAAAACAUCAUCGUGUUUACAAGUUGGACACAAAUACUCAAAAGUCAUUUGUGUUGAGGUUGCCAUAUAACUUAGACGGAGACUUUUACAACGAUGUCCGUGUUAAAAGUGAAGCAGCUACUUUGGAUUUUUUGAGAUUAAAGCUUGGUAUGAAAGUGCCUAAGGUUUUUGCCUAUGGUGCUGACGCCCAGAAUAACGCUUUACGAUCUGUGUUCACGUUAAUGGAGUUUAUUGAGGGAGACCUACUAAUGAAGCGUUGGAAUCCACUUGUCAAAGACUCAGAGGGCUCUCAAGAGCAGUUAAAGUCUGUACUGGAUCCUCUGGCGGACAUUCAACGUCGAUUGUUAGAAGUGACAUUUACCAAAUUUGGGUCUCUCUACUUUGCUCAUGAUGUUGAGGAAUCUUUGAGAAAAGACCUUCCUUAUAAGGGUGAAGUUGACACUAUGCUGGUCAAUCGUUGGAAGAUCGGUCCUUCUGCUGAACGUGUAUUUUAUCGUGAUGGUUUACCCGCAGAAGAGGUUACCAAAUUCACUGGACCAUGGAAAAAUGCCAUUGAUGAAGUGGUGGCGGUGGCAGAUUCUGCAUUGAAUAGUGUCGAACUGAGCCUUCAAAAGGAUCUGACUCAAGAACAAGAGACAAUUCUGAAUCGUGCUAAGGAGGUGUAUCAAGAUUUUAGAUCGGUAGCUCCCGUUUUGUUUGAAUCAGAUUUGACUAAAUCUUCUCUCCCAAAUGGUACAGAACUUUUUCUUCCGCGUCUGCAUGUCCCAGAGUUAGAUCCUCUUAAUGUUGUUGACAAUACUGCCGGGCCAUAUCUGUUGGACGUUGAAGGUGCCAAUAUCAAGCCAUUUAUCUUGCAUGGAUACCCUGUUUUCUUAUCUUAUGAUGGACCAAAGAUUUACAACGUUAACGAGGAUGUUGAGGGUUAUUCUGAGAUGUCACCGGAAGAACAGCGAUCUUAUGAUGUGAUGUACAUGCGUACACGAAACCAGUUUAUCUGGGAGUUUGCCCUUAAUGCCAGAUGUAGAGAACUUGUAGGGGCUGUUGCCCCUGCCGUAAAAAUGAUUCGGGAGCCUUACCUUGCUGCUGUUCGACGAGGAGCAGACGUGCACCAUUAUUUAAAUGUUGAGUCGUCGCUGUUGGCCUUGAGCCAAAUGUGGGAUUCCUAUCGUGCUGGACAUUUGGUUGGGGCUGAAAAAUUCCCAGUUAAAUGGGCGGAAACAGAAGAAGCUUUCAACCAAAAAGUGCAAAGACAUAGAGAGGAUCUGAUUGCUUACCAAACAAAGAUCGCAUCUGCUCCAUUUAGUGCUACCAACGGCUGGGUACCCCAAGAUAUGUUUAAUACCUUGAAAGAGCAGGGUAUAAUUGUACAAGAUGGUGAAGAUUAUGUUAUCAAGGACGAAUAA